AUGGACAUUGAGCGCAAUAUCCUUCCUCCUCCUCAUCCCUCGUGUUUAGCUGUCCUGCCCAUUAAUACUUCUGGGAACGCUCUUCCACAGAUGCCUUUUGAUCCACGAACAGACUUCCCCCAAAUCCCAAAGAUCAUUACCAAGAGUGGUGAUUUUCAAAUGGACGACCGCGUGGGAACUGACGGAUUGUGCUCGGUUACGGCCGAUGAGACACCAAAUGUCGAUCUAUUUAGCGAACUCCAAGCCAUCGAAGAACAAUAUAAUCAUUGGCAAAUCAACUUCCCAGUCGUCGAUCCAGGUGCAAGCGUUUUAUCCAACGCAUUCCAAACUCAGUCACCAUCAGAGCGUUCAUCUCAUUGGGGCACUUUCAAAGUUGAUCCUCCAAGCCCAGAAGGUCAGCUCACGUUCGACGACUAUGGCUCCAGCAAUGCCAGCGUCCCUACUCCCGAUUUAUUUCACCCCAUUCCGAGACAUAUUCCAUACACGAUGGCCGGGCAUUUUGCCUCCGAAAACAUGCCAGAAACAAUAUCGACGUUCGAACAAACGGAGACUCCACAAGAGAAUCACUCGUAUGAGAGUAGUGGACCUCUGGUGCAAGAGCAAGACUGGACGAAUGACGAAUUGUCCCUUCAAUCUCUGCUUCAUGAAAGGCAGACUCCUGGCACAGCCUCUCCUGGCACAGUGGCCGAAAACUAUACACCAAGCACCAUUGAUGGAACAUAUGACAAUAGUUUGGUGUCCCCGUGGCCCACGCUGAAGAUCCAAGGACAUUGGGAUGUACAGCAGCCCAGCGCGACUCAAAACAAUGACGAGGUUGUGUGGAAUGAGCCACAUGUUUAUUCCGAUAUCGAUUCGCAACCGGACCAAUUUUGCCAAUUCACUGAGACAGGUGACGAUAUCAAUGGCUUGCCCUACAUGGGACCCGGCUUUGAAACCUUUUCUCAGUCCUCAUCGCCCUUUGAUACUUGCGUACCGACAUUCCCCAAUUUCUACCAGCACGGCGACGCAACCCCACUCCAAGAUUUCAACGAGAUACCAUAUUCGGAGAAUCAUAUCCCAUAUCAAAAUGGGCUUCCGCAAAUCACUUCGGCAGGCUCGUUCUUCAACACUUUCGGGCAAAUCUCCUCCUACCAACCAAGUUACACCGAACGUAUGAACGCCUGGACAAAUGAUGCCCGGAAUGCGCUUCUCAUCGAAUACAAGCGCCGCGGGCUCUCGUACCGGGACAUCAAGAAGAUCGGCGGAUUCAGAGAGGCUGAGUCAACGCUUCGUGGCAGGUAUCGGACUUUGACAAAGUCCAAGGACCAGCGCGUACGAAGACCUCACUGGCAAGAUAAUGAUGUCAGACUUCUGUGCGAAGCUGUCAAUCUAUAUACGGAACUCGACAGACGCAGCAUCUGCACUUCGGCGUGUCGUUCAAGACGUCCAGACCCAGAACCCAAGAUACCUUGGAAGAAGGUUGCUCAGUACAUCUCGGCUCACGGAGGGUCGUAUCAUUUCGGCAAUUCCACCUGCAAAAAGAAGUGGUGCGAAGUGCAAAGUACGCUCGGGGGUGAUCAUUCAGCUCCAACGGACGCUGUUAUUUUCUCAUAA